GAGCGUUCGUAUGUUCGUAUGUGAAAGUCAUGUGAUUCGUUCUGUAAUUUCUAUGGCAGGAGUGCGUCAUGCCACCAGUACAGUUGGCUGACCAGUCCGGACAUUUGAUUCAUCUUUACGAGUUCAACGGCAAAUAUUACCCAGCAUUCCCGGGCAUUGGACAGAUCCUGAAAGAGUUACCAAACCUUCCAGCUAGAAAUGAUGACGUGAUGAUUCUCACCUAUCCUAAGGCCGGUACUCACUGGACCUGGGAGAUCAGCAAUAUGCUAUACACAGGAGACGGUCAAAUCUCCACACGUUAUAAAGAUCAGAGUAUGCUGGAAGCGGUGACCGGUGACUCGCUGGCCGCCCUACCGUCCGUCCGUCUGCUUAACACACAUCUCCCGCCAGAGUUUUACCCCAAAGAUCUCAUCAAGAGGAAAUGUAAAGUGAUUUUCGUACAGAGAAACCCUAAGGAUAUUUUCGUGUCAUUUUUCCAUCACACGACCAAGAUAAAGCUGUAUAGCUACCAGGGUGAUUGGAAUGGAUACUUCGAGCUGCUAAUGAACGGGAAAAAUGAUUAUGGAACGUGGUUUCAGUGGACAAAACAAUACGAAAGGUUCUUCGCAGAGAAUCCUCAAAUCCCUGUCCUAAGACUGUAUUUUGAAGAAAUGAAGCAGGAUCUGCCCAGAGAAGUGGAGAAAAUGGCAAAGUUCUUAGAUGUAUCCUGUGAACCGAGUUAUAGAGACAAGGUAGCAGAAAAGUGCAGGUUUCACAUAAUGAAAAAAGAAAGAAUGCAGCCUCAAAAGAACCUAAAUGUACCGCUAGACGGGAACGAUCAUCCUAUAUUCAGAAAAGGAAUGGUUGGCGACUGGAAGUCUCACUUCACUGUGGCUCAAAAUGAGAGGUUUGAUGAGGAGUACAAUAAAGAGAUGAAGGAUUACAGUUUUAAAUUUGAAGGGUAUAUGUGACAUUUGUGUUAUACAUGUAACUAAAACGUGUAAUAUGUCAUGCGCUUGAACUGUAUAAGCUGAAGAACAGUGUACCUACAUGUACAUACGAUAAUCACGAAUAAUGAACACAGUUCAACAUGUGAACAUCUGUGAUAUAACGGAAAUAUGAUAUGAUUGUCAUGUGUUGGGUGUUCCAUACAUGAUAACCAUGAACCAUCCUUUUUUGUUUCAGAUGUGAACAUCUGUGA